AUGGCUGCUUCAAUGUUUCGAAUGCCUUCUAUGGCAGUUGCGCGUCAUGCCCGCUGCUUCAGCUCUUCACCUCGCCAAUAUGCUGCCGCAGAGGUCAAGAAGCUUGGUGUUAUCGGUGCGGGUCAAAUGGGAUUAGGAAUUGCUCUUGUUGCAGCUCAAAGGGCUCAGGUUCCCGUUACUUUGAUCGAUACUUCAGACAAGGCUCUGGACAAGGGCAUUGCCUUUGCCGAGAAACUCUUAGCAAAGGAUGUCUCAAAGUCAAGGAUCACACAGGAGCAGGCCGACAGCGCCCGUUCUCUUCUCAGUACGAGCACCAAAAUGGAAGAUCUCUCCUCUGCAGACAUGGUCAUCGAGGCUGUUCCUGAGCUGCCCAAUCUCAAGUUUGACAUAUUUGGCAAGCUGGCUCAGAUCUGCCCCAAGCACGCUAUUCUCGCUACAAACACCUCUUCUAUCUCCAUCACCCGCAUCGCCGCUGCCACAACCAAGGAUCCCACUGAUACCUCGGCUUCCUCUCGUGUUGUGUCGACACAUUUCAUGAACCCCGUCCCUGUACAGAAGGGUGUUGAGAUCAUCAGCGGCCUGCAGACUAGCCAGGACACUCUCGACACUGCCGUUGAGUUCUGCAAGCGCAUGGGAAAGAUUACUUCGGUCUCAGCCGACUCUCCCGGAUUUCUUGCCAAUCGUAUCCUCAUGCCUUACAUCAACGAGGCCAUCAUUUGUCUUGAGACUGGCGUCGGAGACCGUGAUUCCAUUGAUGCCAUCAUGAAGAACGGCACAAACGUGCCCAUGGGUCCUCUUCAGCUUGCGGAUUUUAUUGGUCUCGAUACAUGUCUUUCUAUCAUGAAGGUUCUGUAUGAGGAGACCGCCGACUCCAAAUACAGGCCGAGUGUGUUGCUGAAGAAUAUGGUCAACGCUGGGUGGUAUGGUAAGAAGAGUGGCAAGGGCUUUUACGAUUACUGA